AUGGCAGAACAUACUCUUGACUGGCUCCGAGAGAAGGCGACCGGCUGGAGUCAUAAACCUCCAGUAAACAAGAUUGACACUCAUCAUCAUUUUGUGCCAGACUUUUAUGCCAAGGACAGCUGUGCUUUCUGUUCGGCCCCGGGCGCCUGUAUUGUUCCAGACCGCCACAAACGAGCCGAACUGGCAAGAGCAUUGAAUGAAUAUGCUGCUGAUCUACGGCACCGUGAGCCUGAACGCUUUGCCUUCUUUUUAUCCUUGCCCAAUAUCCUCGACACCGAAGAUGCCCUCAAAGAGAUUGCACAUGGCCUAGAUUAUCUUCAUGCCGAUGGGGUAACGCUGUUUACUCGCUACGGCUCCUCUAACACCUAUCUUGGCCAUCCUGACGUGGAGCCCAUCUGGGCCGAACUCAACAAGCGAAGUUGCGUCGUGUUCAUUCAUCCCACCCACCCGGUCGAUACAAAGCCCGUCAACCCAAAGUUGCCACAGCCAUCCAUUGACUAUCCUCAUGAAACGACCCGCACAGCGAUGGAUAUGAUUACCAACGGCACGCGCCUCAAGUUUCCCAACUGCAAAGUCAUAUUGUCACACGCAGGCGGAGCCCUACCGUAUUUGAUAUCGCGCGUGACAACGCCCAUGAAACGCGCACCGGACUUUGCGGUAUCGCAUCGUAUGGGAACAACUUAUGAAAAAGCAAUGGAGUCAUUCCGCAGUUUCCACUUUGACUUGGCUCUAAGCUCGUCGCCGCAGGUUUUGGACAUGCUCUUGAAGAUGGUUCCGCACGACCACAUUUUGUACGGGAGCGACUUUCCAUAUGCCCCAAUUCCUGCCUACCCAGCAUUUCUCGAGGAACUUGAGUCGUAUGAGAUGGAUGAGGAAUUGAGGAAGAAGAUCAAUUUUGGGAAUGCACUCAAGCUGUUCCCACAGCUAGCAAGCAGGAGAGACUCCACUUUGUAA